UGUUCUCCUGCACUUCAGGCACUGAGCAGAUGUUUUCUCAUGGGACAGCUGACAUCAUCCUCGAAGCCUGCACAGACUUUUGGGACGGUACCGAUAUCUACCCCCUCUCUGGCUCUGACAGGAAGAAGGUCUUAGAUUUCUACCAGCGAGCCUGCCUCUCAGGAUACUGUUCUGCCUUUGCAUACAAGCCAAUGCAUUGUGCCUUGUCCUCCCAACUCAAUGGCAAGUGCAUAGAACUGGUGCAGGUACCUGGGCAGAGUGCUAUCUUCACAUGCUGUGAUCUCCCUGGGACAACCCCCAUCAAACAGAGCAGUCGGCGGAAUAGCUGGAGCUCAGAUGAAGGGAUUGGGGAAGUGAUGGAGAAGGAAGACUGUAUCCAGGCUCUGAGCGGACAGAUCUUCAUGGGAAUGGUCUCAUCUCAGUAUCAGGCCCGUCUUGACAUUGUCCGCCUCAUUGAUGGAUUGGUCAAUGCCUGCAUUCGUUUUGUCUACUUCUCCCUGGAAGAUGAGCUCAAAAGCAAGGUGUUUGCUGAGAAGAUGGGUCUUGAGACCGGCUGGAAUUGCCACAUAUCUUUAACGCCUAAUGGUGAUGUGCCUGGCUCAGAGAUUCCUCCCUCUAGCCCCAGCCAUGCUGGCUCUCUGCACGAUGACCUACAUCAGGUUUCUCGAGAUGAUGUGGAGGGCCUUCUGCUGAUGGAAGAGGAAGGGCACUCGGAUCUCAUCAGCUUUCAGCCAACAGACAGUGAUAUCCCCAGCUUCCUGGAGGAUCUUUUUCAGGCCAAACUCCCACGGGGGAUCCACCAGGUGAGACCUCACCUGCAGAACAUAGACAAUGUGCCUUUGCUGGUGCCCCUCUUCACAGACUGCACCCCGGAGACCAUGUGUGAGAUGAUCAAGAUCAUGCAAGAAUACGGGGAGGUGACUUGCUGUCUGGGAAGCUCUGCCAACUUGCGGAACAGCUGCCUCUUCUUGCAGAGUGAUAUCAGUAUAGCACUGGACCCACUCUACCCAUCUCGCUGCUCCUGGGAGACUUUUGGCUAUGCCACCAGCACCACCAUGACUCAUGUCUCUGAUGAGCUCACUCCACUGCAGCUCUCAGGGCAACUCAACAGCCUGCCUUGCUCCAUGUCCUUCCGCCAAGAAGAGAGUACCAGCAUCAUCAGGCUUAUAGAGCAGGCCAGGCAUGCAACAUAUGGGAUCCGCAAGUGUUUCCUCUUCCUGCUGCAGUGCCAGCUGACCUUGGUUGUCAUUCAGUUCCUCUCCUGCCUGGUGCAGCUGCCCCCCAUCCUCAGUACCACAGACAUUGUGUGGCUCUCCUGUUUCUGCUACCCACUGCUCAGCAUCUCGCUCCUGGGCAAGCCUCCCCACAGCUCCAUCAUGACCAUGGCAACAGGAAAAAACUUGACUUCCAUUCCUAAGAAGACUCAGCAUUACUUCCUGUUCUGCUUCCUGCUGAAAUUCAGCCUGACCAUCUGUUCCUGCCUCAUCUGCUUUGGGUUCACACUGCAUGAGUCCUGCAAAGAGGUGAACGAUACCAGCCUCAAUCUCACAGCCUGCUCCUCCAUCAUGCAGCACAGCAAUACUAAGGAAGCUCCUGACUGGUUUGGGACAUUCUCCAAUGCUCUUCUUGUAGCCCAGAAGCUCACAGCUGGCCUGAUUGUUUUACACACAGUGUUCAUAUCCAUCACCCACGUCCAUCGCACCAAGCCAUUGUGGAAGAAGAGCCCGCUCUCCAACCGGUGGUGGACGCUCACUGUGGCUGUUGUAUUGCUGGGGCAAGUGGCACAGACUGUGCUGGACCUGAAACUCUGGGAAAACCUCAAUUCUUCACUGACUUUUAACCACGUUUCCAUCUCCCCGGUCUCAUGGCUCCUGGGUUUUCUUUCCUUGAUCCUUGUGGUUAUCAUCAAUGAGAUUGUCAAGCUGCAUGAAAUCAGGGUCCGGGUCCGUUACCAAAAGAGGCAGAAGUUGCAGUUUGAAACAAAGCUGGGGAUGAAUUCGCCAUUUUGA